UGAAUCCCAUCUUUUUUCCUUCUUGAGUAGUGGUCAUUGGAUAGACUUUUGGUGUUGUGUACUUUCACUUUGAAAGCCCAGGCUACCCUAUUGUGAAUGAUGCUAUUUAAUUGUAAAAACAAAAAAACUAAGAUUAUUGUAGAUUAAUACAUAUUUUCUUAUAAGAUUUGAUGUGGUUGGACUUUGGUUUGGUAGGAAAAGUUCAGCUAACCCAGAAGAACAAAUACAUCCAUCCACUAAUUUCUAGGUGCCCUCAAGCAUACAGAAGACAACUUAUUUAUGCAAUUUAGGGCAUAAGCUAUAAUUUGGUAUGCUUCUUAACCUUUGUGAACAGAUGGCCUUAUUUUGAGUCACUUGCCAAAUGGCCCAACUGCUCACUUUAAAAUGAGUAGUGUUCGUCUUCGUAAAGAAAUUAAGAGACGAGGCAAAGAUCCCACAGAACAUGUUCCCGAGAUAAUUCUGAAUAACUUCACAACAUGGCUUGGUCAUUCCAUUGGACGCAUGUUUGCAUCUCUCUUUCCUCAUAAUCCUCAAUUUAUUGGAAGGCAGGUUGCCACAUUCCACAAUCAGUGGGAUUACAUCUUCUUCAGGUUUCACAGAUAUAUAUUCAAGAGUGAAAAGAAAGUGGGAAUUCAGGAACUUGGACCACGUUUUACCUUAAAAUUACGAUCUCUUCAGAAGGGUACCUUUGAUUCUAAAUAUGGAGAAUAUGAAUGGGUCCAUAAGCCACGGGAAAUGGAUACAAGUAGAAGAAAAUUCCAUUUAUAAAGUACUGAGGGAGUAGUAUUGAAUUUUGCUGGACAGGCCUGUCUUGAAAAACAUGGUAAAUUAUUUAACAAAGCACACUUUUCUAAAUGAUUUUGAUUUUGUAAAUCUUAUAUUUGAACAAAUGACCAAGUGCCAUGAAUUUCUACUUUGUUGUUGUAAAUAUAAAUAAAUAUAAUUUUGGUGAGGGUCUAAAACUCCUAAACCUUGCUAUCAUUUUGCGUUAAUUGUGAAUUUUGUUGGAAUGAAGAUUCAAACUUUCUAAUUUGCACUCCCAAAGAACUUGUAGGCUAGGAAAAGUGUAGCCCUGAUUUAAUACACCAGUCUCAGAGGCCAGAUUACCAGGACUUGGCACAAAGUUACAAGUCACUGGAGUUAACCUUUCAAUUCCUGUUUUCUUGCUCAAUUUUACCUAAUUACCAUCUACUGUCCUACUUCAUUCAGGUAUUGUCUUGAGUUCUCAAGUCCUGCCCCAUUUCCCUGUUCCUCCAUACCACAUACAGUUUCUCUGUGUAGCUCUGGCUGUCCUGGAACUCCUUUUGUAGACCAGGCGGCCUCAAACUCACAGAGAUCUGCCUGCCUCUGUCUCCCAAGUGCUAAGACUAAAGGCAUGUUACACCAUCA